AUGAUUUAUUCUCAGUAAACAUUAUAAGAGAACAAAGAAAUUGAUUUAUAAGGUAUUGAUGCUUUAGAGCAUCCUUUAGCUCAAUUAUAAUCAUUGAAAACUCGGUAAAACCAAGUAUUUUAUUGAGUUAUUUUAGGAACGAUAAGAAUAUAUGCUUUUUAUGCAAGAGUACAUCGUAGAUUGCCUUACUUAUGAAAAUCAAGAGAUUGAAGAUGAUGUACAGACAUUCUAUAAUAUCAGUAGGUUGUUUAAACAAUAAAAAUUAUAUGUUAAAAAAUGGUACUUAAACCCUUAUGGAAUUAUGAAGAUUUAAUUGUGGAAUUAGAGCAUCAACUAGAGAUUUAAACACGUAAGCAAACACUUUCUAUUUUGAAUAUUUUUAGACGAUUAUAUCGUAUUGAAUUAAGUCAAUUUAAUCAUUUCCAGUUUCGAUGCAUAAUACUAAAACAAGUUUAAUUAAAUAAGUACACACUGUCUGUAGACAUUAAAAAGCUUAUGUUCUACAGAAAAAAAGUAAUUAAAAAGGGUGAGCCAUUAUAUAGAAGGUAUAUAUAAACAAUAACCAAAGUACAAGAAUUAAUUCUGAACUAAUAGGAUAGAGUAGAAGAGAUUCAUUAACUGCUUACAUCAAUAAUAUAGUACAAUCUUAUUAUAUUAAUCUAGAGGGCAAGAUAAUAUACUAUCUAUAGAUUUCUGGAACUAUCAUCCAUACUAAUUUGUGAACACAAUUUAACAAGAUUUAUCAUACUAGGUCAAAAAAUAGAAUGUCGAUGUUAUUUUGAUUGAUACAUAUGGGAUCAAUCAAGAAGUAGCAAGAACUCUAUUUUAGCUAUUGCCAGAUUAUGAAGUUAUUUUGCCUCAGCUUCUAUCCACAAUUAACAUAACCAAGGGUAAUUUGUAACAUGUAAGUAAUUCUAAAUUAUGUAUUAUCUCAGGCCUUGUCUAAUCUGUACGAUUUACAAUUGAAAAUGAUUGAUAAGUUGAAUCCUUUCACUUUGAAGGGAAAGGGAGUUGUUUGUUGUCAAAAUGAAGGUUUUGCAGGAAAUGAAUUUAUAUGUUAUUACUUCGGGGAAGUUUAUACACCUUAAAGAUGGUUUGAAAAAUAAACUAUAUUUCACAAGAGAAUGUAAGAUGGAAAUAGAAAGACAUGUUCUUAAAGUCCUUAUGCAGAAUUUUUUGUGAACGAUGAUCUAUUGGUAAUAUUUAAAAAAAAUAUUUUUAGUUUAUUGACCCAACUAGAUAUGGGAAUAUGGCUUAGCACAUUUCAUAUUCGUGUGAUCCAAACUGCAAAUUAGUCGCAAUGAUUGUUAAUUAGCAGAAUUUAUUGGCAGUUAUCACAUCUAAGAAAAUAAAUUACUUAGAAGAAUUGACUUUACCUUUUCCAUAAACAUCUAUAGAUUAAUGUCUAUGUGGAUCAAUACAUUGUAAGAGAGGAUAACAGUUGGAAUUAGAAAGUGCCCAUCAAAUUAGCAUUUACCCAAAUUAUAUAUAAAGAAAUGUGAUUUUAUUAUAAUCAACUCUAAUGAACAGCCAAAACACCUAGAAUGAUAUUCCUGAUUGGUUAGCAAAUUGGUAGAAACUCAAUAAUCAAUAGAAUUAUAUAAAUAUAUAAUCAUGUGUUGAUAAAGUCAAGUUUGCAUUAUUACAUUUGAAGACGAUGUAACCGCCUAUUUUUCUAGUAACAAAUAUUUUCAAUUAAUUCUGGAAGAAUUAUGAAUUCAAUACUCAGAAGAUUCAAUUAGAGUCUUCAAUUAUAAAUGAAAUAGUGAUAUUCUUAAAGAGACAUUCAUAAUUACACUAAUGUAUAAUAGGAUUAGAAAUUAUAAAAUAGAUGAAAUAGAUUAUUGAUUAAAAUAAUAUCUAUGCAUUAGAAUUGACAAGAAUGUUAUUACUAUUAUUGAGUGAGAUCAUUUUAAAUAUAGAUUCUUGUUCAUUUAAUAAUAAAGCAUUUGCUACUAUAUUAUAUUUUAUGUCAUUUACACAUACAUACUUUUCAUCUACUUAAUAUUAAGGAUUUGAUGGAAAACCUUUUGAAGAAAAUGAAUUUGAAUAUAUUCCUUAACCAAAAAAUAAAUCUAAAUUGGCAUUGUCUAAAUAAUAUACACCAUAAUUUAUUUGGGGUUAAUUAAUCAAUUGGAAUAAAUAAACACUCUAAAAUCCAUAAUCUUCAAUGGCAUAAGAAAGGAGAGGUGUUUUAUGCUAUCCAUCUUUGUUGUUAUCAUUUGAUAAUAAACAUAAGACUUUUCCUUAUUAAUGUAAGACCAGAGAAAUAUAUUUGGAAUAUUUUUAAUAAAAAAAAGAGAUUUAACCUGAUUUAUCAACUUGGUCAUACAAAAAUUAACAUAAGUAUAAAUUUUAAAUUUAUUUUAGCAUAUAUGGUACUAUAUUUUUUGAAUAAUAUUUUUCAUAACAAAUAGUAGGGGAGGAUUUCGUUAGUUAAAUUUGUAAAUUAGGUAUGCAAACAUUUGAAAAAAAGUUUCGCUAUUGGUUGCAUAUAGAAAAUUGUUUUAAUACGAAUCAAUAAAUGGUAGAUGAUUUACAAACCAUAUAUUAAGAGUAUAAAUUUAUAUUGAUUUAUCUAGAAAAUUUUAAACAUUUUUUGAUUAAACUCCCAAAAGCAAUUCUUGUACAGAAUAUGAUAAUAAUAUAAAGAAAAAAGUUAAAUUUAAUCAAGAUACAAUAAUUGCAGAAGAAACUCAAUUUAGUACAUAUUGA